AUGAGAAAAGACAGUCAUUCUAUUUCGUUCGAAGGUCUGGAGUUUGUCACCUUAAUUUCUGACUGGAAUCGUUUGCGCGGCAUUUCGGCUGCCCAACUGAAGGUUGACUAUCGAGAGGUCCUAGGGCCCGACGACUACUGGCCCGAAAUGUCGCUCGAUGAUUUCGUUGCGAAGAUGUCGGAUCCUAAGCUUCUAGGGAAUCCUUCUAUACGGACUCAACACCUUAUCGGUGCAACGUGGUGGGAGAGAAUAUCCGAGACUGAGGUCAUUGGACACCACCAGAUUCGUGCAGCCCAUCUUCGUUACAAGGAUGAAUCCUUGACCGAGGAAGUCAGGCGCGGUCACUCCCAUGCCACCAAUGAGCUCUACUACCGGAAAAUAGAAGGGACGUGGAAAUUCGCAGGCCUUGCUCCAUCUGUGCUUUUCAACGAGUUUGACUUCAAAGAUAUAUUUCAAAGCCAUACAUAA